GCCGCGCGAGUUUAUCGCCGGAUUUGUUGCGAGCGCGGUCACCGCAGUCGCGCCGCACGAUUGUCGAUUGUCGCCAUUGUACCGGGAGUCGCGCGCGGCGGUUGUCCGACUCGUACGUGAUAAUAUCGAUAAAACGCUAAUCGAAUUAAUCGAUCGGAUUAUGCGAGAUUAGCUGAAGUUUUUGUUUUUUUUAAUUAAACAGUGUUUGGUUUUCGUGUAGUGCGGCGGACUGUUGGGUGUUUUAUCGGUGCGUAAAAGCGACAUCGUGGAGCUGGACUUACAUCAGCGUGCCAGCGGGCACUUUAUGAGUGCCGCUGGUGCGAUGUGCGACCGAGCCAGCUUCGGCGGCUCCAUGGGGUUCCCCAUGAGCAUGUCCAUGGGUUCCAUCGGCUCCAUGCCCAUGAUUGGGCAGAAGAAGUCCCCAGAGGAACACAUCAAGAGACCCAUGAACGCGUUCAUGGUGUGGAGCAGGCUACAGCGGCGGAAGAUCGCCCAGGACAACCCUAAGAUGCACAAUUCGGAGAUCUCUAAGAGAUUAGGGGCUGAAUGGAAGCUUCUUUCCGAAGACGCGAAGCGGCCGUUCAUCGACGAAGCGAAGCGUCUCCGAGCCAUGCACAUGAAGGAACACCCCGACUACAAGUACAGGCCACGACGGAAACCUAAGACGUUACGGAAGGAGGGAUAUCCGUACUCCAUACCGUAUCCCAGCGUGCCUAUGGACGCGUUAAGAGCUGGCAUGGGAGGCGGCAUGGGCCAGAUGGGAGGUUACUACGGCGCGGCUUACGGCCCUCUGGGUGCCAGUAUGGCGGCCGCGGCGGCAGCAGCCGCGCAGCAAAACGCCAUUUCUGCUGCACUCACGCCUAACGCACAGGUGGGUUCCACAAUGGACAUGUCCAAGUACUCCAUCGAGGCCGAGAAAUACCGGAGCUACGGCAUGUACCCCGACCCUUCAAGAGGCUACCUUGACUCCGCCGCGCUCUCCAAGGCCUACAUGUACAUGGACCAGCAGCAGCAGCGGUCUUACCCCAUGGACAUCAGUAAGAUGUACUCCGAAGCGUCCGCGGCGGCCAUGGCUGGCUUAAACUCAGUAGCGCCAGCGCCGUCGAGCUUAUCCCCACGUUCCCCAGCAGAAUCUCCCGACACAGCCGCCAAGGGGCAUGAUCGUCCCGAAGGCAGCUCCUCCUCAGGAUCAAAUCCAUCCCCAUCACUCCCAUAUUACCAAGGAUCCCCAGGAAUCCUCAUGCCGCAAUAUCCAGCUCAAUAUACUCAGGCUAGCCAAGGCGGCGAGUUCCGACGGCCCCUAACAGUCAUAUUCUGACCUGACACGUAAGCGCGUUCGUUAAAAGUUGCGCGAGCGGUUUAUUUAUUGAGGUCGUUUUUCUUUAAGUUUGGCAGUGUUGCAGUUUUGUGUUGGUUCCUCUGGGGGUAAAGCGGACAUAUUUUUUUUAUAUUUGUGUCCUUUACAUCUAGCCGUAAGCACCAAUGUAGACAAUGGGUACAGUUAUCCAUUGGUAUUUUAAAAAGGCCAUUAUUUUAACAUAAAUAUGUCCGUAUUUGCCCCAUGUUAUUGCCCAGUCGCGCACUUUUUGUUUUCCAAUUUUUCACGAUUUCGUGUUUUCCAAAGUUCCUCUUUCUGUUUCCUCUUGUAGGAUUAGAAAUUAUAUUGUGACUUAGAUUCGUGUAUAUUGUAAAUAUUGAAGUUCCUAGUGCGUAAGUAAAUGUAAAGUAUUGGUAGAUAUUUAUAGUCCAAUAUUAAUGUAUCUUUCAAGCCUCGUGGCUUUCGUAUUUGUUGUACGAAGUUUUAUUAUCAAAGUUCAAAGCGGUAUAUUUUGGUUGGUAAGAUGUUGACAACAAUAAUUUAAAUAAAGUAAGGCGGGGUUAAUAGAGAAAAGGUCAGU